AUGCAGCAUAUUCACACAUGUGAUAUAAAACCACUGCAAUUUGCACUCUAUGCUGAUAACAUACCACGUUACUUUGAAUAUUUACAAUGUGGCUGCUCUUUAGCACAAUUCGGAAAAGUCUCACCAGAAACUCCACUAUGGCUGCUGUUACAGGUGGCGCCCAUACGCAACGAAAGGGAUUUGGUUGUACUGUUCCUGCUAACAUUCCGCGAUAUCACCGCCCUCAAGCAACCUAUAGACAGCGAAGACACCAAGGGUGUUUUAGGUCUAUCCAAAUUUGCCAAAUUGGCCCGAUCGGUAACGAGAAGUCGUCAAUUCAGCGCACAUUUGCCAACGCUAAAGGAUCCAACGAAACAAUCAAAUUUGGCACAUAUGAUGUCCUUAAGUGCGGAUAUUAUGCCACAGUAUCGACAGGAAGCGCCUAAAACACCACCUCACAUUUUAUUGCAUUAUUGUGCAUUUAAAGCCAUUUGGGAUUGGGUCAUAUUAUGUUUAACAUUUUAUACAGCAAUUAUGGUGCCAUAUAAUGUCGCUUUUAAAAAUAAAACCUCAGAAGAUGUUUCAUUACUUGUUGUUGAUUCAAUUGUAGAUGUUAUAUUCUUUAUUGAUAUUGUUUUAAAUUUUCAUACAACCUUUGUGGGUCCCGGCGGUGAGGUCGUCAGUGAUCCAAAAGUGAUACGCAUGAAUUAUCUGAAAUCAUGGUUCAUCAUUGAUUUGCUCAGUUGCCUGCCAUACGAUGUCUUCAAUGCCUUCGAUCGGGACGAGGAUGGCAUUGGUUCCUUGUUUAGUGCUUUAAAGGUUGUUCGUCUGCUGCGCUUGGGUCGAGUGGUGAGAAAAUUGGAUCGCUAUUUGGAAUAUGGGGCGGCCAUGUUGAUAUUGCUGCUGUGCUUUUAUAUGCUGGUGGCCCAUUGGCUGGCCUGCAUAUGGUAUUCGAUAGGAAGAACAGAUGCCGAUAAUGGGAUACAAUACAGUUGGCUAUGGAAAUUGGCCAAUGUCACACAAUCACCCUAUUCUUAUAUAUACAAUAAUGAUUCCACAGAACUGAUAAAUGGUCCCUCUCGCAAGAGUAUGUAUGUGACCGCAUUGUAUUUUACCAUGACCUGCAUGACAUCGGUGGGAUUUGGCAAUGUCGCUGCCGAGACGGACAACGAGAAGGUGUUCACCAUCUGCAUGAUGAUAAUUGCAGCUUUACUUUAUGCCACAAUUUUCGGUCAUGUCACCACCAUCAUUCAACAGAUGACCUCGGCCACAGCUAAGUAUCACGAUAUGCUGAACAAUGUACGUGAAUUCAUGAAAUUGCAUGAGGUACCAAAGGCCUUAAGUGAGCGUGUUAUGGAUUAUGUGGUAUCCACGUGGGCCAUGACCAAGGGUUUGGACACGGAAAAGGUACUAAACUAUUGUCCGAAAGAUAUGAAGGCUGAUAUAUGUGUUCAUCUAAAUCGCAAAGUAUUUAACGAGCAUCCAGCAUUUCGUCUUGCCUCGGAUGGAUGUCUGCGAGCGCUGGCCAUGCAUUUCAUGAUGUCCCAUUCGGCACCGGGUGACUUGCUCUACCAUACGGGUGAGAGUAUAGAUAGUUUAUGUUUCAUAGUAACCGGAUCCUUGGAAGUAAUACAGGACGAUGAAGUUGUGGCUAUAUUGGGCAAAGGUGACGUCUUUGGUGACCAAUUCUGGAAGGAUUCUGCCGUUGGCCAAAGUGCGGCCAAUGUGCGUGCCCUUACCUACUGUGAUUUACAUGCCAUCAAACGUGAUAAAUUACUCGAAGUCCUCGAUUUCUAUUCAGCUUUCGCAAAUAGUUUUGCUCGUAAUUUGGUACUCACUUAUAAUUUGAGACAUCGUUUGAUUUUUCGCAAGGUGGCCGAUGUGAAGCGCGAAAAAGAAUUGGCCGAAAGGCGAAAAAACGAGCCUCAAUUGCCUCAAAAUCAAGAUCAUCUGGUGCGUAAGAUAUUCUCGAAAUUCCGACGUACGCCCCAAGUGCAAACCGGCUCCAAGGAGGCAGUCUCAGGCCAAAGCGAUGUGGAGAAAGGUGGUGGUGGCAGUAGCGGAGGCGGUGCCUCCGAUGCCCCUGAAGCUGAUCGUAAUAAGAAGUUACCUGCCAAAUUAACAUUAACCGAGGAUUCCCGUGUGUUAACAACCACCGCUGCCGCACCCUCACCAUCUCCCUCUCCAUCACCAUCAUCGGGUCCACCAUCUGCACGUAGUACACGUGCUAGCAAAUGGGGACGCCUUUUGGGUAGUUCAAGUGUCGAUUCGGCUAGCGAUACCAGCGCCAAAGUAGCAGUUUCGAGAAGUUUGAGUGCCCGCGAAAGUCUGCGUGAAAGCACUGCCGCCCAAGCGAGGCAGAGUAGUACUUCGAGUAGCAAUGGUGGACAAGGCAAUAAAGUUUUUCCCAAAGCUCCCAAAUUACAGGCCAGCCAAGCCACCUUGGCCCGUCAGGACACCAUUGAUGAAGGCGGUGAGGUGGACUCUUCACCGCCCAGCCGUGAGAGUCGCGUUGUGAUAGAGGGCAGCAGUGCUCCCACGGCCGUUAGUCUGGCUCUUACCGCCAAAGAUCGCAAUUUGGCUUUGGAGCGAGAGCGACAAAUCGAAAUGGCUUCAUCGCGUGCCACCACAUCGGAUACGUACGAUACGGGUCUUAGAGAACAGCCACCGACAUUAGCGCAACGUGAUCUUAUCGCCACCGUGUUGGAUCUCAAAGUAGAUGUACGCCUCGAAUUACAGCGCAUGCAACAACGUAUUGGUCGCAUUGAGGACAUGCUGGGGGAAUUGGUGAAACGUUUACAACAUGAUUCCUCCGGUCAGACAACACCUGCUGAUGAUAACGUGUGUGUAUGCGGUAGUUCGACAUUGGCAACAACAGCGGCCAGUGGCAGCAGCUCAGGGGGCUUAGUUGGUAGACGUCCUGAAGGUGGGGCAACACAUUCCACCGCCACAACACCAGCCGCCGAUACUGUCAUAACAAUAUCAACAGCUCCACCCGCAUCUGGCAUAGGCGUCGGUGGUGCCGGUAGUGGAGUGGGUGUUGGCGCAACCAGUGCAUCCUCUGCUCCAACGACAACAGGUGCAGCUGCGGCAGUAGCGGUUUCAACUACUGCAGCAGCAACUAGCUCAUCCAACCUGCUGACGCCGGUACAAAUGGUUACCACAACGGGUGGCAAUGGUCUUGGACCUUUGAUGCUUAAGAAGCGGCGUUCGAAGAGCAGAAAAGCACCGGCGCCUCCCAAGCAGACCCAUUCGCAAGCCGCUGCUACUAGUGCCGUUGUCCAGAGUCCCGAACAACAACGUCUACUUGAAGAAGAAUUACCCCCAACACAACCAUCGGCCGCCGCAACCACUGUCGUCACCACAGCCAGCGGUAGUGGUACACAAGCUGCCUCCACAUCCACAACCAGUGGCACAUCCAGCGGCUCAGCAGGUGGUGGUGGUCGCUCCAAGCGUGAAUUUCUCUAGCCCAAGAUUUUAGUACGCCAUCAGUCGGAUAAUAGCAGUUUUGAGCAAUAAUAUUAGAGUAAACCUCCCACAGCAGCAGAAGCAGCCGCAUUCACAACACUCAGAAAACCCUAUCACCAGAAUAGUCUCAAUCAAAAGCUUCUCUUUUAUUAUCAUGGAAAAUUAACGCUUAAGCUGUUGGCGUGCUAAAUUAUUUUAUUUAAGUUUAAAAAUAACAAAACCAAAUUCCCACUUAAUCUUUAACCUUAAACUCCGCCUAUUUCUUUUUGUAAGUCUUUAUAGCCUUUUGUGAAUGUAUAUAAAUAUCAGAUAUAUUAACCUUAUAAGUAAGCCAAAAGUUCAAAAGCAAACUCCAUUAUUGAGAAUAUGAAAAUGGUUCACUAAAUUUGGAUGGCAUUCCUCAAAGAAAUUUACCUUCUUCCUUACUACACAAUCUAGGAAAAUUUAAAAAAACUUCAAUUUGAACGGACCAAGAAACUAGUGUGAAUGCAACUUCACAAUGAAUUUUUACCCUUUUCACCAUUUGGUGAUUUGGAUUUCAAAGCAGCCAUUUUGUGCUUACUGCUACUUCUUAAUUUCCCAUAAACAUUCCAUAUCAAUGAGUGCUGCCCGACUAAAGGUUAAGCUCACUGAUAAGGGGCCUCCUUUUA